AUGGUGUCCUUCAAGGCACGCCGGAGCGAACCGCGGCUGGUGUCGCCGGCGCGGCCGACGCCGCGCGAGGCCAACGCGCUGUCCGACAUCGAUGACCAGCACCUGCUCCGGUACUACGAGACGGUCGUCGGCUUCUUCCGAACCUGCCCCGGCCGGACGGGCAGCAGGCCAGCCGACCUUAAAGGGACGAUCAGGGCGGCGCUCGCGGAGGCGCUGGUGUACUACUACCCCGUCGCCGGGCGGCUCCGGGAAGAGGCCGGGGGAAAGCUCGUGGUGGACUGCACCGCGGAAGGGGUGGUGUUCGUGGAGGCCGAGGCCGACGUGCGGCUGGAGGAGUUCGGGGAGCCGCUGCUGCCGCCGUAUCCGUGCCUGGAGGAGCUGCUGUGCGACCCUGGUGACAUCAAAGCCGUCAUUGGAAGACCACUGCUCUUCGUGCAGGUUACAGAACUCAAAUGUGGAGGAUUUGUUGCCGGAUUUCACAUGUGUCACAAUAUUGCCGACGGCUUCGGUAUGAUCCAAUUCAUGAUGACGGUAGCUGAAUUAACAGUUGGUGAAGCAUUGCCGAGCCUUCUUCCCGUUUGGAAAAGAGAGCUUCUAAGCACGGCACACAGCCCGUCCCCCACCACAUACCCAAACCCGGCAUAUCAACCGUUGCUAAAUAGCUUAGACUUCACAUCUGAUGACUUGAUGCUGUCAACUCCACCACAUCGCAUGAUAGCUGAAUAUUUGGUCUUUGGGCAUAGGGAGGUGGCAACUCUACGGAGUCACCUACCGGGAUACCUCGCCGAUUCAACAACAUCCUUUGAACUGCUAACUGCUGUCAUGUGGCGAUGCCGCACAAUAGCUCUGGGAUACGAGUCUAGUCAGAGAGUGCGCCUUAUGAUAACCAUGAACGCGCGUGGCAGGUGGAAUCGCCAUACCCUCAUCCCAUGGGGUUAUUACGGAAAUGCACAUUUCUCCCCAAUAGCAGAAUUAACCGUCGACAAGCUCAGCAGGCAGCCACUUGCCGACACGGUUGAGCUCGUGCGCAAAACCAAGCUCAGUGUGACCAUGGAGUGCAUGAGAUCAAUGGUGGAUACCACUGCUUACAUUCGCCAGUGGCCCUCUCUUACAAUGGACAAGACUUACGAGGUUUCAGACACAAGAUGGAUCGCUGCAGGGAACGGAUUGCAGCUUGGUUGGGCUGAAUAUGUGGGUGGUGGCAUACCAUUGGCCGGUGACCUUACUUCGAAGCUGGGAAGCCAUCACAUGAGGUGCAAGAACGAAGAUGGCGAGGACUCCACGGUGGUGUCCCUUCUACUGCCAAGGCCGGCGAUGGAGAGGUUCAAGAAAGAGAUGGAUGUUUGGCUCAAGAAACCUGAGAAGAAUUUAGUUAUACCCAGUUCCCUCUAG